AUGGUCAACUCCUGUUGUGGCUCUGUCUGCUCUGAGGAGGGCUGCUGCCAGCCCUGCUGCCGCCCCAGCUGCUGUGUGUCCAGCUGCUGCAGGCCCCAGUGCUGCAUCUCCAGCUGCUGCAGGCCCCAGUGCUGCCAGUCCAUGUGCUGCCAGCCCUGCUGCCGCCCCAGCUGCUGCAUCUCCAGCUGCUGCCGCCCCAGCUGUGGAGGCUCCAGCUGCUGCCGGCCCUGCUGCCGCCCCUGCUGCUGCCUGCGUCCGGUGUGUGGCCAGAUCUCCUGCCACACCACUUGCUAUCGCCCCACCUGUGUCAUCUCCACCUGCCCCCGCCCCAUGUGCUGUGCCAUCCCUUGCUGCUCAUCCUGCUGA